AUGCGAACGCGAGAUUCGCCUCUUCUCCUCCUCCUCCUCCUCCUCCUUGUCGUCGCUAUAGUCUUUCUGCUAGCUAUCUCGGCCACCUCUCUUCCCUUGAGAUCCCCAAAAUCCCGUAUCAGCACUCAGAAGGCCAUUCGCCUUUUGCAUCGAUAUGGAUAUUUGAAUCCCCCCAACCGAAAAAGAGUUGCGGAUCCUAUUAGUGUAGCGAGACGAAUAUUUCCAAGAUAUCGGAGUGAUGUUUUCGGAAUGACCAAUCCUAACGCCCUUUACCGCAAUGCCUUAAAAGUCUUCCAGAGGCGAUAUUCCCUCCCCGUCACGGGUAGAUUGGAUUCAUCAACCAUGGAACUACUAGCUGCUCCCCGAUGCGGAAAUCCCGACAUCGAUCCCGAUGAAAGUUUAAUCCAAUCGGAAGGGAGGCCAAGUCGGGUGAAACGGUACCUCAUUGGUGACCCAAAAAUGCGAUGGACCAAAAAAAAGCUGACAUGGCAAAUCCACAGUUAUCCCACCCAUCACCUGAAUCGCUCGCAGACACAUGCUGUCUUUCAGCACGCAUUCAAUAAGUGGUCCAGCGUGGCUGAUCUCGAUUUUGUUGAAGAGAAGAACUACUACAAGGACGCGGAUAUUGUCAUUAAAUUCGGCUCCCGCCGACACGGCGAUUCCAUUGCAUUCGACGGACCUGGUGGAGUGCUUGCUCACGCCUUCUAUCCCAUGCCGGAACCAGUCUAUUCCCUCGCCGGUGAUGCACAUUUUGAUGACGAGGAAGAAUGGUGGGAUGGACCACAUCAGGAGUACAGAAACCUGCUCUCCGUGGCAACUCACGAGCUGGGUCACAGCAUGGGAUUGGGUCACUCCUCUGUCCACACCUCGGUUAUGUUCCCCUACUAUCUGAGCAAGUGGAAACGAGUGGAACUUGAUCAGGACGACAUUAAUGGCAUGCAAAAGAUAUACGGUGCACCACGGCCAGGCAAAGUUCUUCCUGAAAUUCCAGAUCUUCCAGAUAUUCCGUCGAUUCCUGAGACAACAACAGUGAAACCGGAUACGAACAAACAGAUUGACUACUGCAACACCAGUGUCGACGCAAUAAUCGAGGUUCGUGGCUUGGAACUGUACAUAUUCAAAGGCGAGUAUCAAUGGCGUGUCACUUGGUCCAAAACCGUGUCCGACUGGAUCUCCUAUCAGUUGCGUGACGGACCGACUAAGAUUGCCUACUACUGGAACGUUCUACCUCCAGAUGUGGACUUUAUUGAUGCGGCUGUUGAACGUCCAGACUCUUUGAUCUACAUCUUUCGAGAUAAUAAAUUCUGGCUACUGGCGGACAACAAGCGGCUAGCGGGAGGCUGUCCACGCUCCGGUUUGCCCUUGACGAAGUUAGGCCUGCCGGCGAGUUUGAGAAAGGUGGACGCAGUCUUCAAGUGGGACGUAAACCAGGCAUUCUACAUAUUCGCUGGCGAUGUGUACUGGCUACUGGAUGUGAAAACUCAUCCACCUUUCGGGAAAGUUGCCCCCUCACCCGACUAUCCACGCCGCAUCAAAGACACGUGGCGCGGAAUACCGACCCCAGUCACUACUGCAUAUACUACUCUUAAUGGUGAAACGCUCUUCUUUGACGGAUCCCAGUAUUACGCAUUCGACAAUACAGCAAUGCAAGCGCGGAGAGGAUAUCCAAAACCGGCGAAAUUAGGCAUUAUUGGUUGCCAGGACACCUAG